UAUCUGCCAGAGUUUUGCGCUAGAGGUCCUUUGGGAGCUUUGGCUGAGGCCAGCAAAAACUCGUAUCUAAUCCAUGUGGGGCCAAAAGUCGAGCCGAUCCCGCUUAGCACUGGACUGUGAUUGUUCGGGAAACGUGAAAAGCAUCGACACGAUGCGGCUAUGUUCAAUCCAAGUGAAGAGCACUCUCAGUCAUGCGACAUCAUUGGUCGCUCUCGAAAAUCCCCGUCGACUACAAAUGAUAGUGGACGUGGCAGCCAAGCUCAUUUGGAUAAUGAUAGAGUGAUUGGAGAGACCGUGGCAAUCAUUGAAAGACCGAACGAUGAGAAUGACGAGCCCGUCAAGCCCUAUAGAAGAAUUCGCACCUGUUCCUGUCCAGAUCUCUCAUCACUGCGUAUCUCUUCCACACCUCGAGCUCCAAUAGUCGAUUCCGAAUCCGAAGAUGACGCGGCAACGGCUGGUGAACGAAAUUCGAGCCCUAUUACUGGUUCGUAUUACAAGGGAUAUGUUGAUGAGCAUUAUUAUUUUGUUGGAGAUGGGCACCAGAACAGCACUCAAAUUGGGUGUUAUUUUGGAAACGAACGAUAA